CUUUUCAAUAAGAAAUCUUCUUGCCAGACCUCGACUUAUUUGUCUUUUACAAAAAACCUGAUACAACAAUCUCUGAAGUGUGCAUACGAUACCAUAUAUAGCCGUUGUGAUUCCGUUACAAACCAUGGCCUAGACGUAUUGUUAGUCUCUUCUCCACAUGGUAAUCUCUUACAGUGACAUCAAUAUGUGGAGCUCACCCCUCAAGUUUGCUUAUUAUCAAACAAGACUGACGAAGCUCCUCUCUUCCAAAGUAUUUGCCGAUUGCGUUCUCCAAACACCAAAAAAUGGCCAGGUGGUUCUAGUCAAGACUGUAGAAAUGUAUGAUCGAACGAAACAUGUUGACGCGCAUCGUGGACCAUACGGGAGGGCCAAGUAUCACGUCAAGUCAACUUUGCUACCACCUUUUGUCGGUACCAAGUACGAAGAUGCCUGGCCAAUAACUCUGACUGGUUCUGAUGGCGACCCCAAAAUAGUGAUUAGCACAUAGGUAUCAAAUGCAGUGAUUACAUCAUGCAUUUGGUUGGAUACCAAAAUGAUACCAUCCAUCGGUUCAGUAACCACGACUUUUAAGCUGAUGAUGAAUAACUCCUUCGCAACGAAAAUAUUCUUGGAUGUCAAGCAGCUGCAAGCUGGUCACAAAAUGGCUGCUGUUCCCGAAAUUUCUCGCCUUUCUGACAUCCUCGUCUUGUACCAACUAAGGUGAUUUCGAUCGAAGCAGAAGCUCGACUCCUGAGCUCUUUCGAU